AAAAAAAUAACAACUAACACAGUAAUAAAUGCUUAACUCCGGUCAUAAUAACAAGUCCACUAUUUUAGCGUAAAAGAAAAGUAGAUAAAAAGAAAAAUCAAUUGAUACGAAUAGCCUUCAGCAUUCUCCAUCUUGAAUCAAUUGAUACGCAUCUCUAUCCAAAAAGGGAUUUUGCUGGGUUUUCAGAGAUGGGAAGUGGCUUUGGGGAAUCAACAAGCGGGGUUCCUCAAAACCCUUCAUUUACUAGCAGCAAUGGAAAUGGUGAUGCUGGUGAUUUUGAAUGCAAUAUUUGCUUUGACUUAGCUCAGGAUCCGAUUGUGACAUUAUGUGGCCAUCUUUUCUGCUGGCCUUGUCUCUACAAAUGGCUUCACUUUCACUCGAAGUCCCGAGAAUGUCCGGUUUGCAAGGCUCUAGUGGAAGAGGAGAAGUUGGUUCCUUUGUAUGGUAGAGGGAAAACAUCGACUGACCCAAGAUCGAAGUCCAUUCCUGGUGGUAACAUUCCUAACCGUCCUGCAGGGCAGCGACCUGAAACUGCUCCUCCUCCAGAACCAAAUCAUUUUGGCCAACAUGGAUUUGGAUUAACGGGAGGAUUGGGAGGUUUUGCACCAACGGCAACUGCUAGGUCUGGGAAUUUCACAUUUUCUGCUGCUUUUGGUGGUCUAAUUCCUUCACUUUUUAACCUUCAAGUGCAUGGAUUUCCUAAUGCUGCCAUGUAUGGUCCGGCUGCUGGCUUUCCUUAUGGAUUUCAUUCAUUUCAUGGUGGGCAUCCACGUGGAUAUCAUCGGCACCAAGGUCAAGGACAACAAGAUUAUUAUCUGAAGAGGCUGCUUUUGUUCAUUGGUUUUUGUGUUUUGCUUGCUCUUGUUUGGCAAUGAGAGCAAAUCUUCUUUCAGAGCUUAAACUGCUAACAGAUGCUUAUGGCUGGCCAUCUUCUGCUAGUGCACUCUGUGUUUCUUUUUUCCUUUUCCCUUUUCUCAUAUUGAGGAAAUUGUCCAUAACCAGUGUCUUGUAGCUUCUUUUGUGUGUCACAAGUACAUGGAAUGCAACUCACAUGUUUUUCUUCUUGUACUGCCAGACUUAGGAGUAAAACGAUGUUGCUGUCAUUGUAUUUACCACUUUUUUUUUCCAAAAGGGUUUCAGUCCUCUUGUAAUAUGGUAUAUUAGCUUAUAUAUGGUACAUUCUCUUGCAGCUUGUCUUAAA